UAGCAUCACGAUUGUAAAGAACAAACCUACUCCUCUUGAAAUCGUCUACAUGCGAUUUAUGCCGUUGUAGGAACUGAAUGUUGCUGAGGUUCAACUAGACCGGAAAUGCUGCCUUCAGUCUUUGUACGACUAAGGGGGGUGGGGAAGAAGCUUGGGCUGUCGACACAGCACAUUUAUUCAGCGUAUUAAAAAUUAAAACGUGUGAGAGUUUUCUUGAGAAAAGUUUUAACACCCUUUUUAAAGGCUGUUGUGUGUUGUUUUAGUACUUUCGUGUUUCUAUAGUAUUAGAGCAUAGUAUGAAAACGUGUGCCAGAGAGCACGCUUUCGAGAUGCUGGGCAAUUAAUUAUAUAGGUCUUUAGCACGACUUUCAGAAACAACACCAAAAAAGGCCAGAAAGAAUAAGAUAAACAAUUUUAAUGACCAAUCAGAGAAAACAUCCUGGUGCAAGGUUUAAUAAAAAGCAGCGUUUUUCGCGGGGAGAGUUAGAUACAACUAUGGCGUUUCGGGGGAUGCAAAAGGUUGCUAUAGCACAGCUAACUAUCGGCUCUCUCGUGCUUAUAUUUGGGAUUGUAAAUCAGGUCACGUACAAAAACAGACUUGUUGCAAGAAUCCACGACACAUAUGGCCCAUUAAAAGUCGAUGACACAAAGGAGUUUGCUGCAAAAUAUGCCAUUGGAAUCUGGGGCGGUAUUUGGAUAUUGAUAAAUGGAACGAUUGGCUGGUUGUGCUGUAAGCAACAACCACCGAGGCCAUUCAUAGCCAAACUAUUGGUUGCGAGUUUCGCUUGUUCUAUCCUCGCGUUUGCUAUCGCCGUAACUGCCGUUGCCCUAUACGCUGUGGUUCUCCACGAGUGGUACGGAAAGCAUUCGAAAGGCUGCGAACUGUAUCAGUAUCUUUCAUUCGUCACAAGAAAUGGCAAGUUUGAGAAAGACUGUUACGUGGGCCUCAUGCUAAAUAUUCUACUCAUCAUUUGCUUUGUUUUGGAGCUUAUAUUGAGCGUCUUGUCAGCGGCUUUCAGCGUGUUUGGCUUCAGGGAGACGCAACAAGCCGCGCAAGAUCAAGGGCGGCUCCCCAACCCAGUUGUGAUUACCCAGGGUCCCGUUGGAGCUCCGACAAGCUUCAUUCAACAGCCUCUUGUAUACUUCACUUGUCCACCACAACAGGGUGACCAACCGAGCAAGGAACCAGCUGUGGCCUGCACAAACCCAGCAUUUACGUCCAACCCCUGAUGAUAACACACCUGUGUAAUUUGUGCAAAAGUUGGUUUGUACUUGAUUACAAGACAACAAGUCAUCUAUAGAACAUCGCAAGUUUGUUAUUCUAGUAAUGAGACAAAGUAAAAUGGCAAUCGUGUGGACUAUCAUCUAUUUAAUCAGUUAGCGUUUAAGAAGUACUAAGGGCGAAGGCGCUUCUCUAUUAGAUCUCUUUCGUAGCGAAGCUUUAAAAAGUUGAGUAAAAUUAAGUUGAGUUUUCGGAAACCAUCGCAAUCAUCGAAAUUUGACAACAUUCCAGCCGCCAUCUUGGAAGGGCGAAGAAUUGGGGUGAGAAAACAAACAAUUAUGUAAACAUUAUCCGGGGAGAGAAGCAGGACCAAGAGAAUUGGAUUGGGAUAUCCGACAAUGGACUGAUCCUUCUGUAGCGGGAAGCCUUGAGGAUAUAAAACAAAGUCUUCAUCCAGGAUCUUGGAAUAUGUUUGCAUUAUCUGGUGAUUGUAGAAUAAGAAAAAUAAGCUACCUAUAUAAAAGAACUACGCCUGACA